AUGUCUAUGGCGGACCUCAAGCAUUUCAUCACCAAGUCGAUGGUUGAGACGAGCAAGCUAGAUGCGUGCUUCGACAUAUUCCUUGUUGAAGUCAGAGAAAUUCGUGGUGUAGCCCUCCAUGAAGUCCUAAAUUUCUCAGAGUACAGGGGCAAGAACGCCGGGAAACUCCGGAAAGCUGCGGGUACACUGCGAAAGAAUAUCGAUAGUCUCCUUCCGGGGUUCCUGAAUCUUCCCGCUGGAUCCAAUAUUCUCGAGGAUGAGAAGUUAAAGCAAAAACUUCAUGAUCGCGUAUACCGCCUGGCGAGUGGAAACAGAUAUCUGAGCAAUUCCGAAUUUGGAAAGCAGUCUUACUACGCUUCACAGAAGAGCAUUCUGGAUACCCUUGUGUCUAGAUGCUCUCGCCAGUCAUUGCACGGAGGAGAUAAGUCAGAGCCAGUUUCAUUGAGCCAAAUCGCAUUUGAGAAAUCCUGCCAAGAGCUGGGACAACUCAUCUCAGGCGAAAAAGCCUCUGCAACCUUUGCCUGUGGCGGUGCAGUCUCCAUCGGCGACAACUUACCUCCAGGAACCCACGACGUUUCACCACCAGUUCGUAUCUCCUGGACAGCCAAGGAUGGUUCAUGCCUGCACCAAGUAAUGCUUGCAAUAACUGGCGGUAGUCCUGUUGGCACCGAAAGACUUACUCAACUUGUUUUCGACUGUGAGGUCGCAAGCUUUGGUAAAGGAGAGAAAAACAUUGUGGAUCUCACAUAUCGUAACGCUGGCAAAAUUGAUCCUUCUCAAUUCUUGAACAGCUUCCAUCCCGCAGAUUUCAAGAUACUUGAUGAUGUUGAGCAGCUUCUGGUACCCAGCUUCAACUGUCUGAGAGAAAGUCAACUUCCAUUUCGACGUCUGAAAGCCGAGCUUUAUAAGCUCAACGGCCAGACGGCCACUUUCAGAAACAUGUCGACACCUCUCGAUCCAAAACGCAGAUUGGGUCUCUCGUUGUUUGCCUACCGUCUGCAUUCAAAGGUGGAAGACUAA